CUGGGACCAUCAACAGAUACUUGAGAGACUACCAGAGAGAAGGGGUGCGGUUCCUCUACAGACAUUACAAGGAGGAUGAGGGAGCCAUCCUAGGAGAUGACAUGGGUCUGGGGAAAACAGUCCAGGUGAUUGCAUUUAUUGCUGCUUUACUUGGCUUGACUGGAGGUAAAGAAGACUUGGAGAGAAGACUACCAGAGUUUCUGCAGAAGGAGUCUCCACAGAAAUACAGCUCUAAGACAAAGACUUUUCUCAUCAUCUGCCCAAACUCUGUGCUCUAUAACUGGCUGGAUGAGUUUGAGACCUGGACACACUGCAUUGUAGCGAGAUACCAUGGUAAGGAGAGAGAUGAUACGCUGAGGAGGGCUAUGAGAGGCAGACUGGAUGCAGUGCUCACAACGUAUGAAACAUACAGACUAUAUCAGGACGACCUGCUCACAGUCUCGUGGGAUGCUGUUUUCGUUGACGAAGUUCACAAAAUCAAGGAGCCUAGCGCCCUCAUCACCCAGGCGUUGAAGGACAUGAAUACAAACCGGAGGUAUGGUCUUACAGGCACCGCUCUACAGAACAAAAUGGGAGAGCUCUGGUGUGUAUUGGACUGGGCUAAUCCAGGCUGCUUGGGAGACUGGAGAGAAUUCAAACAGGAAUAUGAGCAAGUCAUCACCGCAGGACAAAAAUAUAAUGCCAACAAGAGAGAAUUGGCUAAUGCUAGGCAAGUGGCCAAGAGGUUUGCAUCGAAGAGAUCACAGUGGAUGAUCAGAAGAACAAAAUCUAUCAUUGCUCACCAGCUGCCGUCUAAAGAUGAGAACGUAGUAUUCUGUACACUGAGCUCAUUUCAGCUAGACGUGUAUAGAGCUCUCCUAGAAUCCCAAGACAUGAAGCUUGUCCUUGAAAAGAAGAACCCCUGUGAUUGUGGAAGCGGUCGCAAGAGAGGGCACUGUUGCUACAAGGUUAACGAGCGCGGGGAGGGUAUCAAAUCAUUGACCUUUGGCCUCAUGAGUCUCUUGAUCAAAGUAUCCAAUCACAUCGCUCUUCUCAUGCCUGAUGUGUCCAAGUCCGAGAAGCAGAGGGAGAAGUCUCUGCGAUACUGUCAGAUAGCCUUUGCCAAGCAGCCUCAGUUUGUGGAGCUCAGUCGAGAGGCGAGGUUUGCCACGCUCUCGGACCCAAUGUACUGUGGCAAAAUGCAGGUCCUGGAAAAACUACUGAAAGUUUUCAAGAGAGAAAAUAGCAAGGUCUUGCUGUUUUCAUGCUAUACUCAACUAUUGGAUAUUCUGGAGAUGUUCAUGAAGACUACCUCCUACACAUACCGAAGAUUGGAUGGCAAGACUCCAGCGCACAACAGACAGAAGUUGGUUCACGAAUUCAACAAGGAUCCUGAUAUCUUCAUCUUUCUCAUCUCCACUAAGGCUGGAGGUAUUGGUCUGAAUCUGACGGGUGCCAACGUCGUCGUGAUCUUUGACCCCAACUGGAAUCCGACCUAUGACCUCCAGGCACAGGACAGGGCAUACCGCAUAGGUCAGCAUCGCGAUGUCAGGGUGUACAGGUUCGUCUCUAGGGGAUCGAUUGAGGAGAAUAUGUACCUUAGACAAGUCUAUAAACAGCAAAUAGCCAGUGUUGCCAUGACAACAGAGAAUGCCAAGCGAUACUUCACAGCGGUAGCCGGGGACAAGGACCAGCAGGGGGAGAUCUUUGGUCUCCAGAACCUCUUUGCUCUGAGAGUGGACGGGUCUUGUCUGACCAAAGAUGUAAUUCAGAGAGAAGAGAAGAUUGAGCUGGGCAUCUCCAUGGCCAAGUACAAGCCACAGACAUCGGUCGAGGAAGCACCAGAGGAUUCAUUAGAUGAGCUUCUCCAAGAGGACGAUGGUGGUGAUGAGGAGUCCAGAGAAGCCAGAGAAGAAGACGAGGACGAUGAUGAUAUCCAUGGAAUGGAUUCACAGUUACUAGAGGUCGAGGAUGAGGUCGACGAUGAGGAUGAGGAUGAUGAUGCUCAUAUCCAUAGCAACGAUUCUGAGAUGCAGGAGGAAGACAGUAGGAGUCCUUCCAAGAAAACAUCUCCUAGGAAAUCCAGAGUGAGGUCAUCGAUCACAGCAUCUCGCAGGAUUGACGACCACGAUGAUAGUGAUGAUGAUGUAGAAGAUGGAUGGAGGGACCAACCGAGAAAGCUGGCUCGUGGAAAGGCAAUUCUUGGGAAGGAUGGACAACCUGUUCAGAAGGUCAAAGGCCAGACAAGAAGGCAGUCACACAGCCCCCACAGUGAUCACAGUAGAUCAAGGACAAGUGCCAGGGAUGAUGAUGAUGAUGGUGAUGAUUAUCAUUAUGAGGAUGAAGAUGGAGAAGAGACAAGAGGAGAGAUGGAGAGAGCACAACGAGGAAGGAAGGAGGAUGCAGAGACAAUGAGAAAACAGAGGGUUUAUCGAAUGGACAGUGGCAACAUCAAAACAGCAGAGGAUGUGUUUAAAAGGUGUGGUGUAGAGUAUGUGCAUUCAAAUCAGAAGGUUGUCGGAGGGAGUCGUUUUGAGGACCAUGUCAGCAAGGUGGCCCAGAAGGAUGUCUUUGAGAUGGGCCAGUUCAGUCAGGAACCUGCCUACUGCCAAGUACCCACACUAGACCUGGAAACUGUUACAAGCCACCGAAAGCCGAAGCUUGCUGGGAGGCGCACGCAUGCUACUAGUCAUCGCUUGGGAGAUACAACUUUACUUGUUGGACAAACCCCUAUCGGUGUUAGAAGGGAUCAGUUCAAGGAUAUGGCAUCAGUACUAGCAGGCUUUAGGAGCCCCUCAGCUCUGGCAACUCACAUCCAAGGGCUUUCAGAUGAGGGCUGUCUCAAGCUUCUUCUAUCAUACAACAAAUCCAAGUAUGACAUAGACUUUGAUGAGUUCAUUAAACUACCAACCCAACCAACCAAUGGUCCCAAGUCUUCAGGAGACACCGGAACUAGAAAAGAAAAAGGAGAGAUGUCAAAACCAACAUUGGUUGAGACUAAGGGUCGAGGUCGAGGGAGAGGGAGAGGUAGAAGGGAGAGUAGAGCGAAGAGGCGGGAGGUAGCACCUGUAGGUCGCUGGAAGGCUGCAGCUGGACUCGAGUUUGAAGGAACCUUGAGUGAUGAUAGUGCACACAUUGAUAGCGAAGACAUGGAAGGAACACGCCCAUCUGUAAAAAGGAGUAAUAGUAGAACAAAAUCUGCAAGGUUGGAAAGAGAAAAGGAGAAGGGAAGAAGGAAAAGAAGGAGUGGUGGUAUGGUCAGUCAUGAAGUGUACCAGGAACUCUUUGAUGAUGACUCCUCGGAUGAAUGUGAGGAAGGUCAUGAAGAUGCUAAGAUCUACAGGACGGGUGCAGGGAACAGGCACAGUAAAGCCAUUGCCUCUGAAAGUUGCAGGAAACAGAGCAAGGUGGUGAGAUCGACAGAUGAGCAAAAUAAAGAUGGAUAUGAGAGAUUGGAAACGACCCAGCAGGAAACAACGCAGGAAGGAUCAAAGGAUGAUGCAUUGUCAACCGCACGUCCAAAGACAGAUGAAAGCAUGUCUUUCUUGGAUGAUAUAUUCCUCUCGGAUGCCCGGACACCCCGCAGAAGGCCACCUCCAAAGAAGCAUGUUGCCAGGCGAGACAAAUCCAUCACCAUGGCAACAAGCGAAUCCGACUCCAUAUUUGGUGCGGAGAGCAUAACAGAGGAAAGGUGUGAUCCUAACUCGAGGGUAUCUAAAGAGAAGGAUAGGGUUUUUGAAGAUAAUGCAACUGUGGGAUCAACCCUCUUCAACAGAUCUAGAGUUCCUUUCGAAACAGACGUCAUCAUGGAUACAGUAGUAGAUAAUGAUGAUGGGGAUUUGUGGAAGCGUAAUGAAACAUUCUUGCCUCAGCAAACAUAUUUUGAAGAAUCUGAAGAGAGCGAGGAUAGUGAAUCUCUGUUUGUGAGCAAUCCUAAAUUCAAGAGUGGGUCUGGAGCAAUCACAUGAGGUCAUAAUCUGUACAACUAAAUUCAUUUGAAUGAAAUAAGAUCAUGAAUAUUCAUAUUAUGCAGGCCUGAUAAUUACCUGAUUUAAAU